AUGCAGUCCGACCUGUCUCAUAGUGUGAGAGAGUCCACGGAUGGAGGUUCUGGGGCCCAAUCUCACUCGACCAGGAGUCCUCAGGUUCUCCUGAUGGGUCUGGACUCCUCUGGGAAGUCCACUCUUCUGGCCCACUUGUUGACAGGAAGGGUAAUGGACACCUCUCCAACUAUUGGCUUCAACGUGGGAACCUUCAUCUUGGACAAGAAGACGUCUUUGACUGUCUGGGAUGUAGGAGGACAGAAGAGCAUGAGACCCAACUGGAGGUACUAUCUGGACAGCUGUAAGGCUGUAGUCUUCGUCGUGGACAGUUCUGAUAGCGCUCGUUUACCUGAGGCCCAGAAGGCUCUGAAGAAAGUUUUGAGUGACGACAGACUUAAAGGAGUUCCUCUGAUGGUUUUGGCCAACAAGAAGGACUUACCCAACUCCAUGACCAUCAGAGAGAUCUCCAAUCAGCUGGGUCUCAACAGCUACACAGAGCGUCUGUGGGAGAUUCAGGCGUGCAGCGCUCGACAGGGACUGGGCCUCCAACAGGCCUUCGUCUCUGUCAACAAAAUGAUGAAGAGGAGCUGAGGAGCAGGGAGAUUCUACAUCUUAAUGUCUGCAUGUCUUUCACAAAACAAAAUGAAGAUUUGAUGUUUAUCAUAUUUAUUAAAAUGAAAGUUGAAGUGAAGAGAUAAUGUUAUC